AUGGUGUUCAACGCCGCCGCCGCAGCCGUUCAAAAGAUCAGGGGGCGGGGCGUCCGCACUCCCCUGGCAGCGAUGCCGGCGCCGCAUCCCUUCUAUGGCUACUACGGCUGUGCUGGUGGCAAUCUCUAUGCCGGAACUCUUGAUAUCCAUGGAAAGCCGAAUGGAAAGGGAGUGCUCUACUAUUUGGAAUCUGGAGAGUGUGACGUCGGCACCUUCUCUCCCGACAUGAAACAGACAGGUAUUGGCGUCCGCUUCAAUCGAGAGCGGGACAAAGCCUUUGGGCUGGAGAAUGGUGUGCUGCAGGAGCAGAUCCAUGUGAUGACCAAAGCUUUGGAGCGUGCCGGCUUAGACCAGCCGCCUGUUGAGAGACACAAGGGGCUGAUCCCUUCGGCCUUUGGAUACAACAAGACACGGACGGAGCAGGUGAAAGCUUGGUAUAAAUAUCGAAGCUUGGCCAACCUGUCCAUGACAGAGAGCUGCUACGGGGUCAACGAGUACCUGCCGGACAGCAUCCGAGGAAAAUGA